CGCCCGUUGACUACAUUUUUUCACACCACGCUUGAGCACUUUCCCUCCACGCUGCUAUUUGCGCCGCAUCAAUUCUCGUGUCCAAUAGUGGCGAGCAUCGCUAAGGCCGUUGAGCGUGCCAUGGGUUGCUGACCGUGGUUUGGAGGGCGUGUUUCUAAUUACGCCGUGCACUGCUGGCCGAAAGCAGCUGCGAAGCUACGUCAGCAGCACUAUCCAUGUCAACAUUGUCGGCAACGAGCCCGCGGACAAGGACUUCGGGGUAUCAGCCUUUGUGUUCUGGUGAGUAGGUAUGGAGGUACACAGUACCCAGUCGUAUUUGCUUCACUACUGGCGCCUUGCAAACAUGGCAAGAAUCACGGCAUGUCUCUGGCCAAGUCGAAUUGUUGUCACGGGCCCCACUAUCUGCGAUUCAUGCCGCCAUACGCUUUACAUCCAUGCACUGAACCAGAGCUGUGAAAAUGGCUACCUGUGCCUGAGCAGUCUCUGCUGCACAGCUGUUACCAACGUGCAAGCCUGUCCCGCACCGAGCGCCCCUGAACGCAGAACUGCAGGAAGUUCAAAACGUGGUGGCUUGCCAUGGUCUGACAGCCUAGAUAGUAGACAGCUGCCUGUCAGCCCGUGUAUCUCGUUCAUAUUGGGGAAGGCUGAGGCGAUGUCUGCUUGCACACAUGCACGCCCUGCACGUUCCACCCCACGAGACGAUAGUCUAGCACAUACAGCUCUCGUCACAAUUGAACGGUGAACGACGCAGUAACGCAGUCACGCAGGACACUACUGCACGCUUCCCCGUUGCAUGCCGCUAGCACGCCGUGCAUCUCACGCAUCUUCAGCCGCGAGGCAGGCUUGCCGAGACAGCAUCCAGGCUCCAU